UGGCUCAUGGUGGCCCACGAUGGCUCAUGGUGGUCAUGUUAGUGGCUCAUGGUGGCCACAAUGGCCCAUGGUGAUUAUGGUGGCCAUGUUAGUGGCCUAUGGUGGCCAUGAUGGCCCAUGGUGGUCAUGGUGGCCAUGUUAGUGGCCUAUGGUGGCCAUGAUGGCCCAUGGUGGCCAUGUUGGUGGCCCAUGGUGGCCCACGAUGGCCCAUGUUGGUCAUGAUGGCCCGUGGUGGCCCAUGGUGGCCAUGGUGGCCAUGUUGGUGGCCCAUGUUGGUCAUGAUGGCCCAUGGUGGUCAUGGUGGCCCAUGAUGGCCCAUGUUGGUCAUGAUGGCCCAUGGUGGUCAUGGUGGCCAUGUUAGUGGCUCAUGGUGGCCCACGAUGGGUCAUGGUGGUCAUGUUGGUGGCCCAUGGUGGCCAUGAUGGCCCAUGGUGGUCAUGGUGGCCAUGUUAGUGGCUCAUGGUGGCCAUGAUGGCCCAUGGUGAUUAUGGUGGCCAUGUUGGUGGCCCAUGGUGGUCAUGAUGGCCCAUGGUGGCCAUGUUGGUGGCCCAUGGUGGCCACGAUGGCCCAUGUUGGUCAUGGUGGCCCACGAUGGCCCGUGGCGGUCAUGGUGGCCAUGUUGGUGGCCCAUGGUGGCCGUGGUGGCCCAUGGUGGUCAUGGUGGCCAUGUUAGUGGCUCAUGGUGGCCAUGAUGGCCCAUGUUGGUCAUGGUGGCCCACGAUGGCCCAUGGUGGCCAUGAUGGCCCAUGGUGGCCAUGUUAGUGGCCCAUGGUGGCCAUGAUGGCCCAUGGUGGCCACGAUAGCCCAUGUUGGUCAUGGUGGCCAUGUUAGUGGCCCAUGGUGGCCAUGAUGGCCCAUGUUGGUCAUGGUGGCCCACGAUGGCCCAUGGUGGCCAUGAUGGCCCAUGGUGGCCAUGUUAGUGGCCCAUGGUGGUCAUGAUGGCCCAUGGUGGUCAUGGUGGCCAUGUUGGUGGCUCAUGGUGGCCACGAUGGCCCAUGUUGGUCAUGGUGGCCCACGAUGGCCCGUGGCGGUCACGGUGGCCACGUUGGUGGCCCGUUGGGCUCUGACCCCCGUCGGCCCCCCCAGGUGAAGGUGCUGAAGAGCAUCAGCCCGGUGGCGGCGGAGGACGUGGUGCUGGGGCAGUACGUGGGCGACCCCGACGGCCCCCCCGCGGCCACCAAGGGCUACCGGGACGACCCCACCGUGCCACCGGGAUCCACCACGCCCACCUUCGCCACCGCCGUGCUGCGCGUCGCCAACGAGAGAUGGGACGGUGGGCGAUGGGGGCACUGGGGGGAACUGGGAUGGAGCUGGGAUGGCACUGGGAUGGCACGGGGGUGGCAAUGGGGGCGCUGGG